AGCAAUCGCACGUUCAUAAGAACCAACUUUCACUAAUCUAUUUAACGCACCAAAAUACCAAAACUGUAAACUCCUUUCAGACUUCGUUACUCCAUCUCUCUGCAACUAUAUCUUUGUAUUGUUCUUUUCGUAUUGAAGAUUUAACUACAAAUCAGUCUACUGUUUUUGACCGUUGAUUUUCUCAGAUCUGAAAUUAUUUUUUUACCAUCAAUUCCACAAAUCUGAGAUUUUUCGUUGCUUCUCUAUUGAAAGUUGAUCGAUCAUUUAGAUCGGCGGAGAAAUGGCGACGCAGGGGAACUCUACUGAUAAUCUUUUCUCUCCUUACAAGAUGGGCAGAUUCGAUCUCUCUCAUCGAGUGGUUCUUGCGCCGAUGACACGAUGCAGGGCGUUGAACGGCGUUCCAAACGCGGCGUUGGUGGAGUAUUACGCCCAACGCACUACUCCCGGCGGUUUUCUCAUUUCCGAAGGCACUAUGGUCUCACCCGGAUCUGCAGGAUUCCCACAUGUGCCUGGAAUCUAUUCGGAGGAACAAGUAGAGGCAUGGAAGCAAGUUGUGGAAGCAGUUCACGCCAAGGGAGGUUUCAUCUUUUGUCAAUUAUGGCAUGUUGGACGAGCUUCUCAUUCAUUGUAUCAACCUAAUGGUGGAUCGCCAAUAUCGUCAACGGACAAACCCAUUUCUGGAAGAUGGCGGGUUCUGUUGCCCGAUGGGUCACAUGGGAAAUACCCAAAACCCCGAGCUCUAGAAGCUUCCGAGAUAUCUCGAGUAGUGGAUAUUUAUUGCAACUCGGCAAUGAAUGCAAUCCGAGCUGGUUUUGAUGGAAUCGAGAUCCACGGGGCGCACGGUUACCUCAUUGAUCAGUUUUUGAAGAAUGGGAUCAAUGACCGUACUGACCAAUAUGGCGGUUCCAUUGCAAAUCGUUGCAGAUUCCUAAUUGCGGUAGUGAAAGGUGUAAUUUCAGCCAUAGGAGCUAGUAAAGUUGGUGUGAGGAUAUCUCCGGCAAUAGACCACCUUGAUGCAACUGAUUCGGAUCCAUUAACCCUGGGACUAGCCGUGGUUGAUUUGCUGAAUAAGUUACAGGAUGAGAAUGGCUCGAAGCUCGCUUACCUUCAUGUAACACAACCUCGCUACCACGCCUACGGGCAAACCGAGUCGGGAAGGCAAGGCAGUGAUGAAGAAGAAGCUAAACUAAUGAAGAGCUUGCGGAUGGCUUACAAUGGAACAUUUAUGUCUAGUGGAGGAUUCAACAAAGAACUGGGUAUGCAAGCUGUUCAACAAGGAGAUGCUGAUUUGGUUUCCUUUGGCAGGCUGUUUAUUGCAAACCCAGAUUUGGUUUCACGGUUUAAAGGUGAUGCAAAGUUGAAUAAAUAUGAUCGGAAGACGUUUUACACUCAAGAUCCAAUUGUUGGCUACACGGAUUAUUCAUUCUUGGCACCCAUUUCCCGCCUCUGAGUUUGAGAAAUGAGAAGAUUUAUAAAUAAUGAUUUUAAGUUUUACUUAGAAUGAAAAUGGUAUUGUUGUUCAACUAAUAAAAAAGUAAGUCAUGUAUCUGUUAUCAACUAUAACUUCUUUUGUAUGAUAUAUAUACAUAUAUGUGUAUAUAUAUAUAUGUGUGUGUAUAUAUUAUAUAUGAGAGCCAUGCCUUGGUACGGGGUGACAGAGAGAUAAUUAGAGGUCAUCUUUAUAUA